AUGUCUUUUGCAGCCGCCGACUGCUCAGGGAGCAGCAACCCCUUAUUGCAAUUUAAUAAGCAUACUCAGCAGGACAGAUCAUUACAGAGACAGGCGGUACCUAACCAGGGAGCCCUUCAGAAUGGCAACGGUCAGUUCAAGAACGAAUCGAUGAUGAACGCUAGAGAUAGACAGAACAUGGACCAAUUUAUGAAUAAUUCAAACACAGGAAGCUUCCAGUUUCAGCCUAUGAGACAUGAGUUGAACAUGAUGCAGCAACCCAACUCUCCUCAGCAACAGCACCAGCAACCGGUAGGCGGUGUGGGACAAAACUGGUCUGGAGAAUUUGCUUCUCCUGUCUCUCGUACUCCAAUUCUAGCAAACAACAAACCUGCUAGUCCUCAGAAUGCUCAGUGGGGCAACGAAUUUGGACAGGUACGACAACAAACCAAUAUGCAAAUCAACCAACAUCAACCGCAACCUCAGUAUGCGGGGCCAAGAAUGAAUAAUUAUCGUCCAAUGAUGAUGAUGGGGAACAACUCCUUGCUUCAGCAACCACAGCCACAGCAUCAACAACAGCAACAACCUCAGUUCAAGGAAGCUCAGAACGCUGAACCUCAGGUUGACUGGGACGACAAGUUCAAAGAAAUUGAAGAAUUGACUCAAAAUGUCGAAGAAAUCCCUAGAGAAGCAUCCCCCGAGAUUGUGAUCGACGAUAAGUAUCAAGCCACCUUCGACGAAGUCUGGGACAGCUUGAACUCAGAUGCUAUUGAGAAUGAUUUCAUUAGUCAGCAAUACGAAGAAUUCAGGCACACACAGGGCCAGGCAUUCCCAGCUGACAUGGCCCAAUGGGAGAGAGAUUUUGCCAAGUAUGCCUCAACAAGAGCUCAUUUUGGAGAUUAUAAGUUUGAAGAUCAACAACAUAACCAAUUCUUGGACCUACCAAAGGAUCAAGAUGCGUAUGAAAUAGGAUUACAGUUAAUGGAAAAUGGCGCUAAGCUUUCUGAAGCAGCCUUGGCAUUUGAGGCAGCCAUUCAGAAGGACCAGAGUCAUGUUUUGGCUUGGUUGAAGCUUGGUGAAGUGCAAACUCAAAAUGAAAAGGAAAUUGCGGGGAUUUCAGCUUUAGAAAAGUGCUUAGAAUUACUGCCAGAGAAUUCAGAAGCUUUGAUGACGUUGGCAAUCUCGUAUAUUAAUGAAGGUUAUGAUAAUGCUGCAUUUGCAACCUUGGAAAGGUGGAUUUCCACUAAAUAUCCCCAAAUUUGUGAUAAAGCCAGGGAAAAGAAUCCUUUGAUUGACGAUGAGGAUAGAUUUUCCUUGAACAAGAGAGUGACAGAAUUGUUUAUGAAAGCUGCGCAGCUAUCACCUGAUCAUGCAAACAUGGACCCAGAUGUACAAAUGGGUCUAGGUGUAUUAUUUUAUGCCAACGAGGACUUUGAUAAGACUAUUGAUUGCUUUAAAGCGGCAUUGUCGAUUAAGCCUGAUGACCCAGUUUUGUGGAACAGGUUGGGGGCCUCUUUAGCGAAUUCAAAUAGAUCAGAGGAGGCUGUCAAUGCUUAUUUCAAGGCAUUGGAGUUGAAGCCUACUUUUGUCAGAGCAAGAUACAAUUUGGGAGUUUCAUGCAUAAACAUUGGAUGUUACAAGGAAGCCGCCGAACACUUGUUAAGUGGUUUAUCUAUGCAUGAAGUUGAAGGAGUUUUGGAUGAUGGCUCUAGUUUCAAUAACAACCAGAGUUCUUCGCUAAUGGAGACUUUGAAGAGAGCUUUCAUUGCCAUGGACAGAAGAGAUUUCUUGGAGUUGGUCAAACCGGGCAUGGACUUGAAUCAAUUUAGAGGAGAAUUUAAUUUUUGA